AAUAAAACGUAUUGAAAAACGGAAAGUAAAUUUGCACAAAAAUCAUUACGUAUCCUUACAAAUCAAGCAAGAAAUCAUAUAAAAUAUAACGAUGAAAUAUUAAUCUCAAUGUAUCGAUUAUACAAAAUUUAAGACUUCAGAUUAUAUAUAAUUUCUAUUUGCAGAUUUUUCAUUGCAUCUGUUAGUACGCAUCCGUUAGUAGCAUUCGACAUACAAACGAAAGAUAUGCGUGUAAAAGAAGUUUAAGAUCAUAAGGAGGAAAAUCUACGCGUUAAAAGUCGUUUCCUUUAUUGACACCAUGAUGGACGCUUCAUUUUCCGAAGGCGAUUGAACGAGCGAUGGUGAAGAGCACAGCAGUGAUGGUUAUUUCGAUUACAAUUUUUCAUGUUCGCCAGAUUGUAUGACUUUUAAUAUAAUCUCUUCAAAAACUGCAUUAAUGUUGUAAAAUUAAUGCACCAUUUCACACAAAAAAGACUCCCUCGUCCUCAGACGCACGUGGUAAAACUUGUAGUCUCUUGCCUAUUUAAAAAUAAAAAAAAAGGAAAAUAGAUUUUAGAAAAUAGAAAAUAGAAAACAUUCUGUAAAAUAGCUAUUUUACUUGGUUUUAAUUUGUAUUAUAAAACAUUGUUAUAUUUGAUGAGAAGUACAAUAUAAUAUUAUUCAGAUCUUAGACUGGCGUUAGAUUCAAUUUCGUUACGUUUAUUACGAAUAUCAUUCUUGAAUGUUAAUUUCUAUGUUUUUAAUGGGACGCCACAGCAUAUUCGCUUACAUUCGCAGUCGGAUAUUUGAGAAAAAUCUGGUCGGUAUGCAUAUACCAUGUGUGGAAAAAUCGACACGCUUCGUUUGGCUCUUUUCCUUGACUUUCGUCGUACGGCGGCGUGACGAGUCACUUUUUGCUAUGGCACUUUGCAUGAAAUUUGCAGAAUUGGUCGGCCAAAGGGUUCUCGUUUAAAAGAAUUACGCGCCCCGUCCAUUCCGAAAUGUUGAAUAAACGAUGGUCGAAUACUCGCGAAAGCAAAAGAAUUGCAUCGGGACCAGCGGCUGUCCAGUUAAUAUAGCGAUUUCAAUUAGAGUGACAGCGGUAUGUCCAAAGUGUCACCGAUCGGGAUAUAUAUUCAUAGAAAAUAUGUGAAUUUUGUCGAUGAAACUCGUAUCCUGAUUAUACUUCUCUCUAUCGCUGUCGUCAUAAAGAAUUAUUUAUCGAAAAUUCGCAUCUCAUUGGCCGUUAUCAUGGAAUUAACCGAAUGAAAAUUCCACUGGAAUAUGUUAAUAUCUGACGAAAUGAAUGUUACGUAUAUCGAAUCUGCGAAGUUAAUUUCCGGCUAAUUAAAAAUAAACAAUUAAAACUCCCCGUUUCGAUAUACAUUGGCUUACGAAAGUAUUUUGAUAUUUACCAUGGAGUAUUAUAUGUCCUACGUAUCCAUAUUAUAUUGAUUAAAUUAAUAGUUACAUGCCCCUUAUGUUAUACAAAAUAUAUUGAAAUUGCGCGAUACACGUAAUAUAUAGAUACAAAGUAUUUACAAGUUCUGAACAUUUUCGCCAGGCUGUGUAUUUUAAAUUUUCGUGAAAAUACAACUGGAAAGUUUCAGCGGAGCGAUUAAAGAGAGUCUUAAAACAACGGAGGAAUCGUUUCUCGUUAAUUAAAGAAAAAGAAGAGAUAGAUAGAUAAAUAAAUGGAGAGAGAGAGAGAGAGACAUACAAGAUACCGAGAAGCUCGUAAAGACCAAAUGUGACUCUACUAAGAAGAUUCUAAUUACUAGUUUUCAACGUCGUUCCUUUUCUCUUUCCCGAAAGUAACGUCAUUUGAUAAUGAGGAUUCAUUCGACGACUGGAAGAUAGAAAGGCGAGGGUAUUUCGUCAAGGACUCCAUUCUCGUCCGUGUCUGCCUCUUUCCUUCGAUUUCUCGCUCUCUUUCUCUCCCCUUGUCUCUCCCCUGUGCAACUAGAUCCGAACAGACGCACAGCCACGGAGACAAUAUCGUACGUCGGAAAAAUCGAAGAAUGGGAAGCAACAAACGUAUCUAUGUGUGUGCAUGUCAAGGUGCUCCAAUUUGCGUGCGAAUACGUGGAAAAAGCUCGCCGGUGAUUUUACAAUACGGCGCCUAACUAUAGUGCUCGGCAUUGUUAGAAAAGAAAUACUUUGUGUAAAAAAAAAAAAAAGGGGGAGGGGAAGAAAAGAAAGAGCGGGCGAGACAGAGAGGGAAAAGUCGAGGGACAGGCCGAAAGAGAGGAGAGGGAAAAGAGACGGUGGAAAAGCAGUGGGCAAGCUUUCAGUGUGCCAUUGCCGCGGCAACUAGCUACGUAGUAUAGAAACGUAAACGAAGCCGAGAAUCAGCCUUCUGGAAGAUUUACAGUCACCGUUUGGAGCCAAUAACUUCCUACAGCCAUUGGCAAGUUUCCGACCAACGCAGCGGCUUUCCACAAGGAUUCCCAAAAUUUGCGGAUAGGUGCCUGUAUCUCGUGGCCAUAAAACUGCAACCAAGCCAAGAGAAAAGUAGAUAAAAGUAAGAAAUGACCAUCGGAAGCAGACCGAUCUAUCGAGCGGUAACGGGAAUCGCUCCACCGUAUGUCAUGUACAAUAAUACCAGUGGCACUUUUUACGGAUAUUGCAUCGAUCUUCUGAACGACAUUGGAUCGUUGGCGGGUUUCGAUUACACGAUCAGAAAGUCUUUCGACGAAAAAUACGGGGAUUUGGAUCCGAAGACUGGGCUUUGGAACGGUAUGAUCUACGAGUUAACGAGCAAUAUGUCGGACAUCGCUGUCGGACCCAUAUGGAUCACAUCCAGCAGGGCUCAGGUAGUCGACUUCGCUGUUCCGUACCAAAGACCAAGCGGUUUCACGAUAAUGAUGCUGAAGAAAAGGAGGCAAGUCCCGUUCCUCAGGUUCCUAAUGAUCUUGGAGAUCGAUGUCUGGAUAGGUUUUGCGUUCGCUUUCCUCUUCACGAUAUUUCUAUUAUAUAGUCUGGAGAGGUACUCGCCCUUUAGCUACCGGAACAAUCGGCCAAAGUAUCGGAACGAGGCGGACGAUCGAUUCUCCUCGUUGAAGGAGUGUUUCUGGUUCGCGUUCACGUCAAUCACUCCCCACGGAGGAGGAGAAAUGCCCAAAAAUUUAUCAGGGAAAAUAGUGGCCGGGACCUGGUGGCUGUUUGGCUUCGUCAUGGUCGCCGCUUACUCUGCCAAUCUCGCGGCCUAUGAAACUCUAGAACGGUUGCAGAGAAACAUCGAGUCAAUGGACGACCUUAGAAAGCAGUAUCGAGUUCGGUAUUCCACUGUGGCCAAUUCCUCGACUUUCAAAUAUUUCUUAGCAAUGACAAGGAUGGAGGAAUGGUUCUACACGAACUGGAGACGUAUGGCGUUAGACGAGAAUACACCAGAAGCAAACAGAUCCGAUUAUGCCGUGUGGGAUUAUCCGUUCGAGGACAAGUUCACGAAGAUGUAUCUUGCGAUGAAGGACACGGGAUUUGUUCGGAGCGUGGAAGAAGCGGUGAAAAUGGUGCGGGAAGCAAACCACACUUACGAGUUCGCCUUUAUAGCGGAAGCUAUAACCGUAAAAUAUCUGACGUUGACGAACUGCGACUUCAGACAGAUCGGGCAAGAGUUUGGCAAGAAACCGUUCGCUUUUGCGGUACAGAGGGACUCUCCUUUGAGAACGAAGCUCAAUGACGCGAUUACCAAGCUGGCAAUUGAACGGAGAUUAAACGCUCUGGAGAAGAAAUGGUGGGACGAAAAUCCUUCGAGAGCGAAUUGCCCGGCUGACAAGGAUUUUAACGCGGGCUUCGACGUCGACAAUUUGGCUGUUACAUUCUUGCUAAUCCUUCUCGGUAUAUCGCUCGCUGUUCUAAUACUCUGCCUUCAAUAUUGCUGGUAUUGCUAUCAGUUAAAUAGAAGAAUAAAAAAAGUAGGCCUCUAUGCGACAACGCGAUUCACUUCUCGUAGAAAAUAAAUAAAAACAGAGAAAUGACAAUAACAUGGCGUAUUUGCACGUUUUUCACGAUGUUCUGUACGCGUGUGUGUGCGCUUCCGUGAAUGCACAGCAGUAUUUUUUCAAACUAUGUAACAAACAGAGCAACGAAAAAAGUAAAUGUUAAUCAGAGGAAAAUGGUUGUUACCUUUUGCCGCUUUUGUUUGUUCAUCAGUUUCGCGUAUCGCGUUGUAACGUAGCCGAGGCAUACGUAAAUUCCGAUAUUUUCGAUUAACAUGUACAUCGAUCGACUAACUUUGCCCGUUGUUCUUUUCUUUAUCCUUGACUAAAAUUCAAAUCAUUCCCAUCGAUCGUUUGAACGAUUUCCAGCAAAAAAAAAAAAAAAAAAAAAAAAAGAAAAGAAUCAAUUUCGUUGAACGGUGCGUCGCAAGUGGUCACGAUUUCCAGUCACAAAGAUAUCGAUAACACGUUAAAAUGAAAGUUUCAACGAUACACGUGAGUAUGUAUGUACACGUGACGAGAGGAAACUAACGAUCGACUGGUCAAUUACGAGAUAACGAGAGGUGACGGCACGCGACGCGUGACAUGCAAAUUUUUCGCGGUGACUCAACGUCGUACGCGACGAUUACUCUGUUCGCGGCAAUGCGAGACGAUCGGCGAUCGAGCAUUUCGACGAGAAACUAUCGAAAGGGAACGAAGAGACAAGCUGCGUCGAUAGGAAAAAUCGAGUGGAUCACGGCCGUUGCGACCGAUGGACAAAAACAAAUGAAACGAAGCGAGAGCUUAGCUUUCGGUUGCGAGACCAGCGUCGGUCGCUUGACCGAUUUUUGCACGCGAUACACCGACCUCGAGAAGCACCGUGUACGCGAUCGAAGCCAACUCGAUUAUCGGCCAGUUACUUAUCGUGAGAAAAUUAGCUGCAAUUUGAACGCUGGAUUUUUUUCUUCUGUCCGAUAAGAAGAAUUAUUUCCAGGAACUUUCGAAGAAAUUGGAGAAUAAAGUGAAAAAGGGGAAAAAGAAUUACAGAGAUCUCGUAAGGAUGGAACGUAAAAAUUGAUGACUAUUGCAGUUGGUUUUUAUGUGUUCGGAAUCAAGUUCGUGCGAUUUAUGAUCGCCACCGACGAUGGUUUCAAGGAUUUUGCGGCGAAUUUGCUGUUCGCGUCGAGAGAAACGCGUCUCGUUGAUCUUCGCGAGUAAUUAAAUCGCUCAAUUUUCAAUCUCGGUGUUACGUCGAGCGACGCUCUACUUAGACCAGGCCACACACCGCGGGCCAGACAGACACCAGAUGUCCGCUCAUCCUUACUGCGUACUCUCGAUAGUCUUAAGGACUCGUCGUAAAUCCCAGUAAUUUGCUAGCUAAGGUCCCUCAGACAGAACAAAUAUCUUUUUUCUAAAUCACUUUCUAAAAAGUAUUGUCUACUACGGCUCGACAAGGGAAAGUUAGUUUUUCUCGCGUACGAUGCUUCCUACUAGCAACUUUCUGUCGAGGGCGGCUAAGACCUUCCUGGUCCACCAACCUUCGUUUAUCCAAUCAGAAGCAACGUAUACUGCCCUCGCUUUCCUGGCCAAAAUGUCACGAACAAAUCCGAUGGUCCCGUGCGCUAGACACACCCAUCGCUAACUUUCUCCCGACACAGCAUCGGCACUGUAACUUACUUCUUCUACACCGCUGGAAAAGUCAACGUCUAAGUGUAACUCGCAUCAACUAUCCAAGUCGGUUCUCGGGAUUACCGAACAUUCACUUGCUCUAUUAAGUAUCCUCUGAUGCUACGUCCACCAACAUACUAAAUUCAACUUUAAGAGCCUUGCUCUAUUGUGCAUAUCUACCUUAUCUUCGUGCGACAAAGUGUCAUCUAGGAAUUAUAUCUACUCAACAGUGUAACUUAAGUGUUGGAAAUAUAUAACUUAUAAUUCUGUGAAUCACAGUGUUAUACUAACUGAAUCACCCCUAUUAUCUUAACGGAAAUCAGGGGAUCGAUCGACUCGUGGUGUCGAUUAUCAUAAUCGUAACGGGAAUUUACGACUCCCGUUGACGUCUCUCCCCGCGAUUGGUCGAAAAUACACUCAGGCUUUGAAUUUUUCAAUUUUCAAAUAUUCAUUUUUGUAACGCGGUUCGUCAAAUUCCCGCUACAAUUUACUUUCAAGCUGGAGAUACAUCGAUGGCUACGCGGUUCAAUUUUCUAUCGAGGGAAUGUUUCAUUUAGAGAAAUUCCGUUUCCUUAUUCCAGCUUAUCUGCUACGAUUUAUGAAAGUUACAUAAUCCCAGCGGAAACUACGUCGACUCUGAAACGUUACAUUCGAGAGAAUAUCGGUACGACCAUAGCGUGCUUAUUGCCAGUAACAAUUAUCGCAAUAAUACACACAUAAACUUUAAUUUUUUGCGCACGAAGGCCGUUGCACCGAUCUUUCACCGGAUAGAAAGAAACUUCUCAUUUACCGGAAUCGUGGAGAAUUUCGCGAAGAAUUUUAACAUUCGGAUAACCCACGAGUCCAUUGAAAAUGAUUAAUGGACCGCUAGUGAAGUCCUAGAACGGUCGUACAACUAUUUCGUGGCGGAUCCGUUAGAGUAGACUAGAACUAACCAUAAGCGAUCGAAAUACAAUCUGUCGUUCGAGUGAGUGGUGUACGGUGAGUGAAACGGUCAGGUGGUAUAAUUUUCGAUCGAACAUUCUUGAUACACCGUCGUACAACCCUAUGAAUGUCAAGUAUUUAAUAAUACCAGUGGACGAUAAUGGACGAUCAACCGAACGUUUCCUAGUUUCCAACAUGGUCGUAACGAUUUACGAGCGUGCAAUCAGUUGCAACGUGGUGGUUCGUUGUUCUAUUCGUGCCUCAAGGAACGAUACACGGAUACAAGCACCCUGCAUUCUCGCAUCAAUUUACAUGCAAAUCGAUGGACCGAGAAAAUCGAAUUUCAGAAAAUUCUACGGUGAAAAACAUCGCGGUGGUUUAUCUUUAAAACGUGACGCGUCGUUCAAUCGUUGUAAUAUAACGGUAUUACGCGAUAAUUGCAGCUUUCAUGGAUAUUAGGCUACCGGUUAUCAGUUUCAAACGAGAUACGAGAUCAACGAUAGAGCGACCAUCUACACGCACCGAAAAAUUUAAUAAACCGCUAUCAUCGAUCGAUCGAUUCUUGCACGCUUCGCACGUCGCGGUCCUCUCGAGCCCGAUAUCCAGAUAAACCCUGGUUUAUCCGCUACUUUUGUCCGUUAAUUCGCUAUCGUAUCGGUAAUGUAUUGUCAUUUCGUAGCGGUUCUCAACUGGACGCAUUUGUGCGCGAACUAAGCUGCUGUAUUCUCAAACGACUGUCUCGUACGUACGUCUACGAGAUAUCGAUCGGAUCGUGUUACACGUAUGAACAUAACGAAGAAACUAUUUGUAGAGAAAUGUCGUUCGCGAGGUUUGUUCCUCCAUUUCAAUUCCAUUGAUUGAACAAUUUCAUCGAUGCUUCCAAUACAACAGUAGAGAUCUUAUUCGUAGCGUGUGUCGUUUCUUUCGGUUUACGAAUCGUAGAGUGAGAAAGACGAGCGAGACGUGAGUCGGAUAAAGUGGAAGAUCGGUCAGCCGAUUCGUCGAUAAGCUUCGAACGACGUACUUGCACUUGAAUCUUCUUCACGGUUUCCUUAUCUAAAAUCCACCCUAUAGAAAUCUUCCACGUAUUUUGCGAUACCCCGUAUAUUUAAAAAACGCACACUGCACAAGACGUAACAAAGUAUCUUAGAAACCGAAAUAUCGGUUCGUAACUUGACGAAAUAAUCAACGAGAUCGACGUGUCUCUAUAUUGGUGCAAGAAGAAAAAAGAAAGAAAAAUAGCGCAAAAGAGGGUGAAGAUCGAGUUAUAACUGGUCUAUAUGCUGUUAUUACCGAGCUGUGCGGUAUUCGGUACAGUGACUCGUAGUCAGGACACUUUCAACGGGCGUUGUAACAACGAUCGACACCGAGAACGAAGACGAAAGAGCACUUACCUAGAUCUCGUGAUGUCAAAGGGGGACGUUUCAUUACGGAAGCCAGGGUGCGCGAAGAUGACAGCGGAAAAGUGCGCCUUGGUCUCCGUAUCGCGAGUUGCACGUGCACCCUCGGCUGGAUGAUCGCGCUGGACAGCCGAGAAAUACGAUGGUCCGAUGGCCGAUAGUCGCGAUUCUGCCGAUCGUGCGCUACGUUCUCGUCGUACGAUGAUCGACGUCUGCGAAAUUUUCGGAUAUCGCGAAUCGCAACAUUUUUCGCGCCAGUUGUUCGUUUGUACUUGCGCCGCCCCUUUCGCCCACGUGAAAGCAGCUAAGGUGUUACGAGCUACGAGUUUCUUCUCGACUAAUGUUAAGGGCAGAGGUCAGAAAUAGCCGGCUGCUACUUUCAGCUUCCUCGGGGGCCCUUCGCGACGAACAACACCGCGUUUGUUCGUCCACCGGGAGAGUGAACCGGCAUCUGCAAUUAUCUUGCGGAAUUGCAAAGGCUCGCGUGCACUCCGGGGAGCAAGCUGAAACGUCUUCGUGUACUUUGUGUAUUAUGCAGAAACGCCACGUGUAUGCGCGAAGUUACGGGCUGUGGAUCUCACGGAAGAAGCAGACGCGUGACAAACGCGUUCGACUAAAUAUCGAAACGUGCGAACGUCGCUUUAAUCCUCGGGACGAGGCUGAUUUCCAAAGGAGGAGAUCGGUGCUGGAUAUUACGACGAUUCAAAGAGAAGAAAUCAAAUUGGACGGUUUUCGGUGGUUGGGAUGGACAGAAGCGAUAUUCGUUCGAAGAGCUGGGCGAAAAAACGCUAUGCAUAAAACAUUAAUCAGAGACGUUAAUAGGCACUCGGCUGGCGUGGAUUUUACAACUUACCUCGGUAACGAAGUUCCCUCGGAGGCCACUCAUGUAUUUUUCAUUGAACCUGCCUCUGGUCAUCUACAUGCAUAUUUCGACUGCGUUUUCCCGCGUCGUUCAUUUUAUUUCCCCCUGCUUCGUCCUUUUCUCUCGCUUCGGCGUUUCCAGCGGUAGAUAUAUCUGGCGCGUGUACACAGCGACGUUGCGUAUAAAAAUAGUCGCGGCGGAAAAUGAAUUUUCCAGCAUCUGGAAAGGGAAGGGCUCGGCCAGGAAACGGAGCAGAGCAAACAAGGCGGAUCGACUAAGCCGUGGCUGGACUCGGUUAGAACGUCACAAAUAUUGGCACUGGCGUUUUAAAAAAUGUUCGUUGCUCCGAGUUAAUCUUGUAUCUUGGUUAAUUGUGGCGCGCACGCCAGACCAUGGCAAAGUGGACGAGAUGAAAUUUCGAUGAGGGCAAAGUCGACGAGAUAAAAUUCCUACGAGUGCAAAGUCGGCCAGGUGAAAUUUUAACGAAGGCGAUGUCGAAAUAAACGAAAUAAACGAAAUCAAAUUUUCACGAAUUAAUGCUUUUCCAGAGUAGGAUGAAAGAGGGCCAGAAACGAAUCGAUAAGUUUCCUUGCGCCAAAGUCGUACGCCGUAAGCUUCGUCGUUCCAAUGCUUUUUCAACCGACUCGUUUGAUUACCAGCAAACAGAGUCAUUUGCCGAAAGGAGUGAAACGCUGGUUCUGCGAGUUAUCGGGUUCAUGCUACUCAACAAGUUGGAUGGAAGGGACGAUUGAUUUACGAGCACACGCGAACGCAACCUUUUUCUAUAAAUUCGUAAACGAUUUACGUAUCAAAAGUAGUUGACCUUUGACGACAAAUUUCCAUACGAAUAAUUUAUACUUGCACUUUCUUUUCUUUCUCGACGAGAUAUCGAAUUAAAAUUCACAUACCACUCGAGUAUCGUUUCGUUUAGAAAACUGUUUAAGUGGAAACGAGAUAUCGUGAAACGAGGCAGAGAGACAAAGUCUCUGCGAGAGAGUCAAAACGCGUAAACGCGCGAUCGGAGACAUUUUUCGGCGAAUAAGGAUAUGCAGUUUCUUUUCGAAAAUAUACGCGGCAAUUUUCAAGCUAUUCAAAGUACCGGUUAUCAAACAAGAGGCGACGGAAACGUAAUAUCCUACAGGUUUAAUAAAAGAACGUUCGCGCGUAAUUUCUACGUGCGAUCUUAAUUUCAUUUUUCCAAGCUUCGUAACGAUGGUGGCAUCGAUAGGCGUUCCUCUUUAAGCUUUUAAUUUACGAUCGCGCUGUAUCAUUGCCACCUAGCGUACUGGCGAUGCAACAGAUUACUCCGCUCGAAUUAAUCGUAAAAUACCCGAGUUAUGAAAUUUGACUGCACGUGAAAAUUCUCGUAAUGUAAAGCGGCCGGAGAAACUGCAAGCGUACAAAUACGUGGAAUAGUGUUCCUUAAUUGAAAUUCUAGGACCAAGAAUGGUAUUCCAACUAACUCGUAACCCGGCGGCUUUGUCGGCCACCAGUUCGACACGAUAGGACGAUUUCGGUUUCCUUUAUUUCCGUUACAAAGGAAAAAUUUGAACGCGGUUGCCAACGAACACGCGACUGCCGGCGAUGAAAAACGCAACCGCGGCAAACCGAAGGGCGCCAUAAUUCCGCCGGCCGAUUUGUCGGCCGAUUCAGCGAGCGUCGCGCGAGAUCCGUGAAAACGCGAUUCCCGAGGCUCGAGUAAAAUUGCGCGUUAAAGUGUCGGGUAUGCCGUGAAAUCUCACUAUGGCAGAUUAGAGCGAGCUCGGGAUAUAUCGAUCAGCCAUUGUCACGUACGAACGAGCGGACGCUCGAUGAUGUGGUAGGAAUGUUUAUCGAAUCGCAUUUUUAUCGCCGCUAUCCGAUAAGAUUGCUUUUUCCCUGAUGCUAUGAGAUUAUUCGAUUAUUCGAGAUUAUUAACGGCCGCACCAAUGCCGCGUUGUUUCCAAAUGCUGCCAAUUACGAUUUAUGGUUUUUGUGACGCGAUUAUUACGCGCACGCAAAUUAUCAAAUAACACGCGCAUCCUGUUGAAACUCGGUUGACCAUCGGAUUCGUAAUUAUUGGUAUUCGUCGAGGGAUAUCGUCGGUGUUAACAUACGCUGCAAUUCGAGAGUGUCCGCCCGUUUUUUCGCGUGAUAUACAGGGUGGUUGGUAACUGGUGGUACAGGCGGAAAGGGGGUGAUUCUACGCGAAAAAAGAAGUCGAAAAUAUAGAAUAAAAAUUUAACAAUUUAAAAAAUAACGUCAAUCGAGACAACGAUCUACAGUGAGAUCCGUUAUAACGAGACGCGAUAAAGUGGACGCGUACCGAGCGAAAAUUCAAAGUCGAUUUUCUCGAAAACAAGGCCUCGAACGAAAAAUUUUUAUUCCAUAUAUUCGACUUCUUUUUUCGCGUAGAAUCAUCCCCUUCCCGCUUGUACCACCAGUUACCAACCACCCUGUAUUUUCGUUAAGAUAUUACGCUGGAAUCAAAUUGCGAGUACGCGCUCCGGUCGAAAGUUUUGGGACGCGUUUUAUUAAACCGACCAAAGGAAGCGUUUGGGUACUUGUUUGAGGAAACUCACGUACCACCGUUCCCGUGAAUCGACCCAAGGGUCCGGAUGCGUACUUCGGUCGAUCGAAAGUAAAACCAUUUAGGACACGUGUUACUUUCGGCCCGGUUCGACGAAGGAUAUAAAAUACGAGUUAUUUGUAACGCCCCGUGGAGAAACAUAGCGAAAGAGUGGAACAAACUCGUUGGCCGUUUACUUUAGCCACUGAGAUUCCGUGUACCAUGCACAAACACCGCAAAAGUCGCAAACUUUCUGCCGCUGGCAUAAAGCGCAGCCUCGUUUUAUUCAGCGACCGAAAAGCUGCCUCAACUGCAGGGAUACCUUUACUUUUGAUUUUUCAUACAAUCAUUCGACUAUGUACAUAGACGAGCGUGUGCUUAGGAGAAUGGGGAGGGGGAGGGGGAGGGGGAGGGGGGUGCUUUCAGGAGAUUAAUCACAUCCGAAAAGGGUUUCCACAUUUUACUGGUAUAUACUGGUAUGCGUGUGUGUGCGUGUGAGUUUGUGUAUAUAUAUACAUAUUUUUUGUUCCGUAUCUUUUUUAUUUCUUUCUCAUUUUCCAUUCACACGGCGGACGCACGAAAAUUCCGAGUCAAGAACCGUUCGCAAUGGACAACGAUAACAAACGGUGUUUCGCCUAUUUUUUUCCCCCUAUUAUCCACGUACGAUCUUUUAAAAAAAUUGUCGCGCAUAAUUUCCGUGUAAUUAAACCUUGCGUAUUUCAGCGAUUAAAAAUAUCGCUAUGGAAAUGUAACGCGUUUAUUCUCGGAAUAAUUACGAGUACGAAUAUACCGAUGCAGAGAUAUAGCAGAAAUGAUUAGUCGCACCAUUUUCUAUGAAAUAGGAACGAGCAAUACGCGAGUAACGAAGAAUCGCGCGAAUAAAUAAGACAGCUAUUGACGAAAUAAUUGUUGUUCGAUGGAAUUUAACCGGAGAGAAAGUAAGUUGGACGUCUGUGUUAAAAAAAAGAAAAGAAAAAAGAGAUAUAAAGGAAAGAGACUGUGAACGAAGUUUUCCAGCAAAUCCGGUUAGAUCUGACGCAUUUCGCGUGUUUGUUCAAGGAUCGCGCAUCCAAACGAAGCUUAAAGGUCGUGAAAUUGGACGAGAACCGUAUAGUCGAGCUGUCUAUACGCCACUACGGCGAUGGUGGUGGUGCAGGGUUAAUCCACGUGAAACGCGAAAUACGAAAUAUGGAAAUUAGAUACGCGGGACUUCCGGCUUGAAAAUAAUUAAAGUGAUUCACCGCGAAGGGCACUUUGCGAUAUUGGGGCUUCGUGGAUGACACAGAGAGGCGUAUUCGGUCCGAAAGUAACGAAUCUCGUACGAGCUUGAAAAUUCCCACUCUGUGUGUCUCUGCUCAGCUUUUUCCUUUCGCUUUAUUCUGUUUCUACUACUUUUUCAAAGUCGCGAAUGCGCGCCAAUAACGAAGAUCGAGUAUACGCGAAACGUUUAAAAAAUUGCCACGCUGGAUCCGCGUGGAAAUUCCGUGCGUCCUCCGAUGCAUCGACAGUGAUUUUUUCGCUUCCGGUUUAACAAGGUUCCCCACGUUCGAGAAGACGAUCGACGAUCGCUUCCAUCGAUUUAUCAUUCACGCUACGCUCCACAUACUAGUCGUACACGUACACGAAUGCAUUUUUUUUUUUUUUGUAUCUUCUUCGCCGAUAUUGUUUAAAUAUUUACACACUCAAGCGGCAGGCUCGCAUGAACGCUCGAUGGUCCGUGCUUCCGGGGCGCUAUCGGAGCCUUUUCUCCUCUGUCCUUCGUCUCAAAUAAAACUAGAUGCGACUCGUCGUACGAUCGAAGUUCAUUGUUUAUUCGUAUCGACGAAUGUAAUCGUUCGAGUUGGUUAAAACUUUCGCGGUAGUGACAUUGAUCGAAGCACGCGCGUACGCAGAGAUUGCCGAUUGUUCGGUAAACGCGUUCGAAGGACCCGAUGGUCGAUCGGUCGCUGGCGCAAGAAAAUUCUCCGUUUGCCAGAAACAUUUGCCAACGAUCUCGUGCUCGUGCGCGACAAUCGAGCCGCGACGAACGGGUUUACGAGAAUUUAUCAAGCGGAUUACGAAGCAAGCUUGUCGCGGGAGAACGGUGAUCGAAAGAGCAAGAACCGCGUUUCGAGGUAUUUUUCAAAUUUUUAUAUGCAAACGAACACGCUUGAAAUGCGGCGGUAGGGUGGGCUAACUUCGUCAACGAUUUUAUUUCAUCAGCGUGUCCUCGCUUGAAUAUUUAAUUAACAUCGGGAGGCCAGAUAAAAAUCCGUUGAUUCAGAGUACGCGUUUGUCGCACGAUGUUUCGGGUAUAAUGUUAUCUACGGUAUAACGAACGGUGUGCAUGCUUUUCAAGCGUACGAAUUUUUCUAUUUUCCGUUGUAACGGAUUUACAAGCGACAAAUGCGCAAAACGUACGAGACGAAUGGCUAUCGUUAAACGACGCGGGCGUAGUCUUAAAUUACUUGGAUGGUUUACUGGCUACUUUUAAACUGCGAACACGGGCUUAAAUUAGGAGACAAGUCUGUAAAAUUACGCUCGACGUUAAACAUCCUCGAAACAUUCGCUCCACCGGGACACGCGUUUAAUGUAAUAAAUUCGUUCGGAGAGAGAAGCUCCAUGGCGCGAAUCGGUUCGCCGGACUCGAGCCGUAUUGCUAUACUUGUAAAUCACAACCAAUGGAGUAUUAGUUUAAUAACUAGAUGUGUAUAUAUAUAUAUAUAUAAUAUAUUUAUGUAUAUGUUAUACGUAUCUAGCGUAGUGUUUGUCUCGAUCGGGCGACCAGGCCCAAUUUUACGUAAUAAUUUAUAUGUAUAUAUAUAUGUAUAAGAUCGUCAUGGAAUAUCGCGGAUCAAUUUGCAGUUUCUUUUCGUGUGGCGAACGUAUAAAAAACAGUCGCGGAAAAAAGCCGCGAGUCGGACAGAAUUUCUUAAAAAUAUCCGUAUGCUGGUCGAUUUUUGCAAAGCAUACGAUCGGCAAAGAGGAAAGAGGUCGAUGGUGAAAAGAGAUAUAGAAGAAAGAGAAAUGGACGAAGGAAUUUAUCCUGCGCGUCGAUCCGUGAUACGUUCUCUCGAAAAUCAAUCUGCCGAUACCGAUGUAUAAGUAAAUGCGAUGCUUUAAUGUAAUAUAUCAUGUAGUACAAUAAUAUUUCUACGCAUUGGCGAACUUCCUAUCCAAGAACGAUCUUACGACGAGCAAAAUCUUACGACCUCGAUCACUUUCCCACUGGAAGGCGAUCGCCUCUCGUCUAAACGAUACGUUGCACGUCCGUGUAGAAUUCUAGAAAGUAAUUGGAACGUAUAUAUACGUACGUAACAAGUUUCGAUAAAUAUCGAAAGUAUCAUUCAGGGGACGGAGUCUAAUUCCUUCGAUCGACGAAAGAAACACACCGUUUGCGUCGAAUUAGCCGACAGCACUGGGAUGAAAACGUUGGAACGAAAUUGAUUUCGCGAUCGAAUAAUUCUGGUGAAACGUUCGGCAAAGACAGACGAAGAAAAACGAAUAGGAAGAGGAAUUACGGGAUCGAGUAAUUUGAAAUUCUAUGGGUGCAGUUCGGUUGUUCGACAAGACAGUGAAGAGACUGUACCAUUCGUCGGACCUGUCGCGAACUAUCAGUUGAAACAAGCGUAAAAGGGCACGCAAACUGUCAGGAUAGGAAGGAACAAAUGGAAACGGACGAGAACGAAUCGAUUGGUAGGGGCAGAUAUUGUUCGAAACAAUUUUCUAAUUGCCCGACAACGCGUAAUUACGCUAAUUCUAGCCACGUUUGCUCAUGGCACGCGUGUAUUUCGCGCAACGAAUGUUUCGUGCAAUCGAAAAAAAAAAAAAAGGAAAAAAAAGAAAAAAUAA